UCUCUCUCUCAUCUAACCUUUGAGAAUAAAACUGGGUUUCCUACAAACAUUAUUUCCCUUCUUUUUUUCAUUCAUACUUAUAAAAAAGCUUCUUGUGUGUGUGAAGUAACUAGUUAGCAAAAAAAAAAACUCACAUCUUCUUCAACACCCUUUUCUCUUUCCAACUCUAACUAUAUAACACACCUUGUGUUGUGUUUGUUUUUAGGUAAACUAACAAUAACCACAAGUUGGAAUAAUCUAUCAUCAUCCACCAUGCUUUUUUUUUGUCUUUAGGGUUUGAUUCCUCUCUUAGUCAAAUUUGAAGGCACCGACUCUUACAAACAAUUCUCUCUUCUACUAACUUAGAAGCCUCACAAUUCUAUCUCACAAAAAAUAUCUUCUUGAUUUUGUGAGAUCUAGAGGUUAUAUAAUUAGAAGAAUUUGACAAGAUAAUUUUGAUGGAGUUGAUGCAAGAAGUGAAAGACUAUUCACAUGAAGAAUUAGAGGAAGAAGAAGAUGAAGAAAUCAACACAAGAACAAAAGAAGAAGAAAGUAAUAGUAAGCAACAAUUACAACACUGCCUUUUUUCUCCUUCACCUUCUAAUUUCUCUUUAUCUUCAUCUUCUCCUUCAACAACUCAUCAUCAUCAUCAUCAUAAUCAAAAUCAAUGGCUAGGAAUCAAUCAAUCUCCUGAGUCUCAUAAUUCAUCAUCUAGAGGAUUAGGGUUCUUACACCAAGAUGCAACAACCUCAAAUUUCACAAAUCAAACAAAUUUAAAACAAAUAGAUUUCAUGGAAUUGUCACUUGGUACAAACAAAGAUCCUAGUUCUUCAAAUACCAACCAACAAGAACAAGAACAUCAACAACAGCAACAACAACCUAGUACACAUGAAAAAGAACACAUGUUUGACAAAGUUGUAACACCAAGUGAUGUUGGAAAACUAAACCGUUUAGUUAUACCAAAACAACAUGCUGAAAAAUAUUUUCCACUUGAUUCAACCUCGAAUGAAAAGGGUCUUCUUCUAAAUUUUGAAGAUAGAAAUGGAAAAUUGUGGAGAUUUAGAUACUCUUAUUGGAACAGUAGUCAAAGCUAUGUUAUGACAAAAGGUUGGAGUCGUUUUGUUAAGGAUAAAAAACUUGAUGCCGGCGACAUUGUUUCGUUUCAACGCGGUGUUGGCGAAUUGUUUCGACAUAGGUUGUUUAUUGAUUGGAAGAGAAGAUCAAAUCAUCAUAAUCUUGAUCCUUCUUCAUCAACACUUUUUACUCCUUUCUUUCUUCCUAAUCAACAACAAUAUUCUAUUAGAUGGGGGGGAGGUGCUAAUAGUAGAUUCUAUUCUCUUCCUUAUCCUUCACCCCCACAAAGUUUACAACAACAUCAUCAUCAUCAGCAACAAAAUCAUCAUCAUCAUCAUCAUCAUGACCCUAUGAGUUACAAUUACCAAAUGUAUCCAUUUCAUCAACAUGGUGGUGGAAAUGUUGGAAAUGUGAAUCAUCAAUACAAUUUUCAUCAUCAACAACAACAUGAUCCAAGUUCUGUCUUUUACAUGAGAUCAUUAGCAUCAUCAUCAUCAUCAUCACCAUCAUCAAUGGUUGAUCAAGGAAGCUUAACAAGACAUCAACAAGGAGGAGGAGGAGGAGGAGGAGGAGUUGGAAGAGGAAAUGCUUCAAACAUGAUUAUUGAUUCUGUUCCUGUUUCUCAUCAUCAUCAACAUUAUCAUCAUCAACAUCAACUUGGUGGUUUUUCUAGUAGUGGAAAUAUAACUACUAAUACUACUACUAGUACUAUUAAUGGUGCUGCAAAAAGGUUAAGAUUGUUUGGUGUGAACAUGGAGUGUGGUUCUUCAACAAAUCAUGAUUCAAUCCCUUCUUCUUCUUCUACUUCAAUAGUACCAUCUCUUCAACAUUUGAGACUACCUCAUCAUGAAGAAACACUUUCAACAUCAUCAACAAGAUUUGAAGAAGAUAAAAGAAGAGAAGCUUCAAUGAUUUUUGGUUUAGACCCUUCUUUGCAAUAUCAUAAUUACCAACAACAAUGAUGAAAUGAAACCAAAAUAAUGAAGAAUUUGCUACAUUAUCUUUUGCAAAAUUUUUAUUAUAUUUUAUAUAUAUUAUUAUUUAUAUUUA